GCAACAAUUUGUCAAUCGUAAUUGACGUCCUUCGUUUGCUAUUGCCCAACAUCGCGUGCUCUCAGAUGGCGGCACUCAUCGGAGCACACGGCGCGUGCACAGUAGAGCACAUUGUACACAGCAGUAGAAUAUCUAUAUUGUGCGUGUAGAAGUGCGAUAAUCACAACAAAUGAGGUAGUGCUGAACAUCGCCGAAUGACAUUACAGAAAAAACGAAGAGAAAAAAUUGUAGCCUCAUCGUUAAUGACACGAGAUAAGCUACUGCGCGUUUGAAAAAAAAACUAACGCACCGCUGGCAUUUAUCGCAGUGCCUCGGCAAUAUCGAAACUUUGUAGCUCGUCUCGCUCGCGAUCUAGACGAUAUUAUGGCAACUUUGAAGUUGUUGCUGCUGCUCUGUUUUAUCGUCGCGUACAUUCGCGGCGAUACCAACGAAGACAAGAAGUAUUGGCGCGAGGUGGGAGAUCGUGAGCUCAAAGAUGCUCUCAAAUACACGUGGAAUACAAACACGGCGAAAAACGUCAUCGUCUUCGUUGGCGAUGGAAUGAGCCCGGACACGAUCACAGCCAGCAGAAUCUAUCGAGCCGGCGAGAACAGUUACCUGUCCUGGGAACGCUUUCCACACAUCGGUUUGCUCAAGACUUACAACAACGACAAGCAAGCACCGGACUCUGCAUCGACGGCCACCGCACUGUUUGGCGGCGUGAAAACCAAUUACAACCUCAUCGGUGUCGAUGGAAACGUCAAGCUCGACGACUGCAACGCGAGCUUGGUUGCCGACAAUCGGGUCGAUUCGAUCAUCAGCUGGGCGCAAGCCGCCGGCAAAAGUACCGGUUUCGUAACGACCACGAGGGUGACUCAUGCGACCCCGGGCCCUUUGUACGCUUCCAGUGCCAAUAGAAAAUGGGAGUGUGAGGCCUGUGGAAAAAUGCCUAAAAAUUCCAAGUGCAAAGACAUAGGCAGACAACUGGUUGAGAACGAGCCUGGCAAGAAUAUCAAGGUAAUAAUGGGUGGAGGAAGGCAGAUGCUGAGAACCGAUGUAUCUUCUACGGAAAACGAUCCUCUCGACAUGUGGGCUGGCAGACGAGCCGACGGACGAGACUUAAUUAGCGCCUGGGAAGAGGACAAAAAAGCGAAACAAGCCGCGUACAAAGUUGUGGAAAACAACCAUCAACUGUCUCAAGUCGAUUUCGACAAAGUUGAUUAUUUGUUGGGCAUAUUUGCCAACGGGCACGUAUCGAUGGACUACAAGAGGGAUAAAGGUCCGAAGGGGAUGCCCAGCUUGGCGGACAUGACCGUGGCCGCUCUAAAAGUUUUGAAAAAAAAUGAGCGUGGAUUUUUACUGGUAGUAGAAGGUGGUUUGAUCGAUUUCGCUCACCAUCGGGGCCAUGCGGCUCAAGCUCUCCUCGAGACGGUUCGACUGUCCGAGGCAAUAAACGCGACCCUCGAUAUGGUAGACACCGAAGAUACUCUGGUCAUCGUCACCAGCGAUCAUACGCACUCCCUGUCGUUCAAUGGCAACAGCGAUCGCGGUGCAAAUAUUCUUGGCAUAGCGGAUGUUUCCAAGAUCGAAGGUAUUCCAUACACCACCUUGUCCUACGGCACUGGGGGCCCCAACAAUCGAGCCUACGAGACGUAUCAGGAUGGCAAGGAGACGAAGAUGCGACGAAUCGACCCGACGACCAGCGACACGACGGAUUUCGAGUACAGCCAGCAAGCGGCUUUCGUGACGGAUGAGGCGCACCACGGUGGCGGUGACGUUGCCGUUUAUGCAAUCGGGCCGUACGCGCAUCUAUUUCACACGACGCACGAGCAGAAUUUCGUGGCCUACGUCGUUGCCUAUGCAGCCAAAAUUGGCCCUUAUAAUCAUUCUUCGAGCAUUUACAGCAGCAACCAGUGGGGUUUGGUGCUGAUUGGCAAUUUGUUGGCUUUGUUGUUAACAUCUUAUAGUUAUUAUCAUUUGUGACGACGAAGAAGAUACUUCAGAUCGAAGUCCGUAGUGAAUAUUUUCUACUCUAAUCGGUGAAAAUACCCCAAUGCAUAUUUUAAACAUUACAUUGCCUUUUUAACGUAAUACAUGCUACAGAUUCGAUUAGAAAAUCGUAGUGAAAAUUGCCCGA